AUGAAGUGGACUGACCUUCUGGCCUUAAGGCGCACUUUGCGGGAGUUCGUUGAUUGGGAUGACUAUGUGGUGCACGAGAUGGAACGCCUCCGCAAUGGCCUCUACUACACCGCACAGCUCUGCGAUGGCAGCGCUGUGCCUGCACUCUCCUUGUGCCACGACGUGUUGACCAACUUGCGCUUUGGCCUUCCUCACAUCACACAGGCUGAAGACUUGGAAGAAGUCCCAAUGUCCGUGCUGCGCUUUCCACAUCGAGAAGUACCAGGCUUUGAAAACUUACCAAUGUUUGUGCGGUUCAAUGAGCUUGGGCAGACUAGGCCUCAGAGGGAUCAAUCCAUGACUGAGGCUUUGGCCGCCGUGGGAGACUUAGGCAUUUUUAUCAAGGCUGCAAAAAGAUGCGGCGGCCUGGAAGAAUUCCAAGAUGACUUACAGGUCGCCUUGAAGACGAUGUCGCAACUUGCCCGCUUACGGCCACAGGCCUGGGUGGAAGCCUUGGACAAUGUCAAGGCCAAACGGCCACAGGCCUGGGUGGAAGCCUUGGACAAUGUGAAGGCCAUGGCCGUGACAAAGCAGGUUCCGAGUGCCUCACCUGGCCUCACCGUGGAGAUGGAGCUGGAACUGGUCUCUGACAAGGAUGAUGUGGAAGUGGCCUACGCCUUGGUGACACCCGGCGGCCAGCCCUUUGGGGAUCUCCUGCAAUUCCGGGUGGAAAAAACGGAGGUGGAGAGUCCCAUUUGCGUCAUCCUGAAGGCUCCUGAGACCUGUGUCGAGGGGCUGCAGGGUGAAGUGAAGAUGAUGCGUUGGACACUGGCCAACAUCAGCAAGGUCAGUUGGCCGAAGGACGCCUGCUGCCAGCUGUUCUACAACACUCCGGGCUUUGCCAAUUUGCCAUGCAGCAUCGAAAUGCCUGAGGAAGUACCUGCAGGCAUGACUGUCGAGGUGGAGGUGCCAGUGCUGCUGCCAGAGAAGGAAGGCCAAUUCAAAGCCAUGUGGGCCGUCACAUCGCCCUCCCUGAGCGACUUUGGCGAGGUGCUGAUUACAGAGUUUAAAGUGAGCGACUUCCCCUUCAUGGAAUGGAUGCUGGCCGAGGAAGCUGAGGUGGCCAGUUUUUCCAUGGUGAGCUCAGCACCCAGCGAGGCACCUGAAUUGCUCCAUGUGUCUUCUACCGCUGCCGCUACCUUUUCUGCUGAGCAUUUGAUGCACGAACACGUGCUGCCUACACACAUGGAGGUGACCUAUCCUGAAGAUUUGGAGGGCAAAGAUGGCUAUGUUUCCCUGGGAUCCGUUCACGGUUGUGGAGCCUGGGUGGUUCAGAUCAUCUUAAAGAACGAUGGCCCGGUGCCGUGGCCACAGGACAGUGCGCUGACCUGUUGCUUUGGCAGUGGCUUUGGCUGUCCGCGCUUGCCCAUGGACAGUGUUCAGCCCGGAGAGGGAGUAUGCCUCACCAUGGAGUUGGAGGUGAAGGAUGGGCCCAGCAUGUCUGGCUGGGUGCUGAGUAGCGGAGACACCGUCUUCGGUCCCGUCUUCUUAGCUCAGGUGUCCUGA